AUGGUCGUUUUAGUCAAAAAAAUUGCUCGCAGAGACGGAAGCGAACAAUCUGGGUCGGUCGAGCAAGAAGCUUCCAUCAAUGGGUCUCCAGAGAUCCGGUACGAGAUGGUAACCGGUCGUGGGAUUGAAACCAUCUUUAAUAGUCUGAGCAAAUGGGUUGUGUCUAUUCUGUUUGCUUCCAUCAUUCUUCUGCGGCGUGAUGGUACUGCCUUGUGGGGAAUCAUUGGAUCUGUUUCGAAUUCGGCUCUUUCAAUGAUGCUGAAGCGUAUACUUAACCAAGCGAGGCCUGCUACAACCUCGCGUACUGAUCCCAGGAUGCCAUCUACUCACAAUAUUCAAGUGAACUACUCAUAA